AUGGAGGCUCCAAGGAAUCGAAAGCAGCGCCGUGCUGCCGCUGCAACUAUGAACACAGCUUCCGGCGAGCCAGAUAUCCCCCUCGCUCUUCCAGAACGCGGCGAUCCGAGCAAGAAGAGCAGCGAGCCAACACUUUAUGACAUCAUUGAGAAGCGCCAAAAGGAGCUCCUUAAGCAACAAGAAAGCUCAGGGAAAGCCCCGGCACCAGCAUUGGGCAAAGGAAUGCCCUCAAAAACAACCGGCACCCGAUAUGUGACCGUCGACGCGUCGGGGAACCUGGUGGAUGCCGACGGCAAUAUUGAGAGCGAGAUCUCCAAGAACAUGGGCACACAAAAAGCCAAACGAGGCCGCAAAGCACAAGCAAAAGACGUCAACGAAGAACCCGAACUCGAAAUAGACAAGCCCUUACCUCCUUUACUCGAUACAAUCCUCCUCGCAAUCCCUCUCACGACCCUCCACCUCACCCUCGCCUACCUCGCCGCACACCAAUAUGCUGAAUCCAUCAACCUUCCCGGCCUCAUCAAAGAGUCGAUUUUCAUCACAUUCCCGCUCCUAAUUUUCCUCGUCCACUUUGUCCAUGGCCAUAUCGUCUCUUUCAAACUACAUACCAGCCUGGGCUUCCUCGCAGCACAGCCAGUCUCGGUCCUCCCUCUCACGCGCGACAAGUUUACACUCUCCUUCCUGCGGCGUCUGGUCUUCCCACCGACUCUCCGGACUAUCAUUCUGCUUCCUAUCGCAGCACUAUUGGGGGCGCAUCUUAUUACUGUCACAAAUGGGGAGCCAUACUAUGCUGUUAUGAAGAAAGCGCCGGCGUAUGGCACUAUGUGGAUUUGGUGUAUUUUGGAGAUGUCUUUUGGACCAGCACUUCUUGGGGCACUGGGGCCCUUGAUUUGGGGGGUUUAUUGGAUGGGAUACGGCAUUUUUUGA